AUGAGCCACAACCAUGGUGGCAUGUCGAUGGGCUCUAUGGCCCUGCCUGCCCUUCCAGAGUUUCCCAAGUUCUAUUACGCCGUUGUAGGGAGCGCAGUUGCUGUUGCCACCCUAGCCAACAUUUACAACCAUAUUCUGUACAGACAAAGACUGUCUGCAGCAAGAGCAGGAACGUUGUCGCCCGCGAAACCAAAGUCCUGGUUCCCACGGUGGAACGCGACGAUAUUCGCUGUGACGCGAGAAGCGUCCAACUACUCGGUCAGAUUACCACUUAAAGGUCGAUCUCUGAGAUUGCCUACCUUCGGCCGAACGAGCUUGGUUCUGGCCAACAUGAUUGUCUUGCUUGUACUUUGUUUCUAUGGGCUCAACCUUACCAAUCAGUUUCAAAAAGAAAACGUCGGGUUUCGAUGCGGUGUUGUGACGAUUGGUCAAUUGCCGCUCAUCUUCUUACUCUCCGGAAAAAACAACAUUAUCGGGUGGUUGACUGGUGUCAGUUACGAGCGCUUGAACUGGCUGCACCGAUGGGCCGCCAGGUGUAUGCUUUUGACUGCUACAAUACACAUGGGCUAUUUCUUCAGUGCUUGGGCUCCCUACGACUACAUUGGCGCUCAGUUCAAACAGAACAAUCUCGUGUGGCGUGGACUGGCGGCCUGGUGCGUGCUGGUAUGGAUCAACUUAAGUUCUACAACACCCAUCCGCGGAUGGAAUUAUGAGUUAUUCGUGGUUCAACACGUAGCUUCGUUCGCGCUGUUUAUUGGCUUCGUCUACAUCCACGCACCACCUGAGCUAAAAGGCUAUGUGUGGGCAGCAGUUGCUCUCUUCUUCUUCGAUCGCAUCUUCCGAGCUCUGCGAGUCGUGUAUGCCAACCUCUCAAUAUUCCAUCCGUCACGAACGCGGGAUGGGCUGUGGACAUGCAAGGCCGAGUUCACACCAUUGUCUCACGAUACCACACGGAUCACCGUCACAAAUCCACCCAUAAGCUGGUGUCCUGGCCAACACGUGUUCUUGUCAUGUCAAGGCAUCGCUCCUUUACAGAAUCACCCAUUCACUAUCGCAUCCAUUCCCGAAGACGGCAAGAUGGAGUUCUUGGUCAAAGCUCAAUCUGGAGGAACAAGGCGCUUCUUCAAACAUGCCCAAAAAUCGCAAGGCUUGUUUGAUAAAGAUUCAAGACCAAAAACUGUCACCGUCGAAGGUCCAUACGGGCGUCAUAGACCGCUUCGCCAAUUCGACAGCGUGGUGUUGCUCGCGGGAAGCACUGGCGCAACGUUUACUGUGCCAUUGCUUCGAGAUGUUGUACAAGGCUGGAGAGAGAACAAUGAACGCCCCGCAACAGCUUCGUCUUUGUUCUCGUCGCCAAAGGGCGCAGUCACGCGCCAUGUUCGUUUCGUAUGGGUUGUCAAGAGCCGAGGCCAGCUGGAGAUGUUUUCCGAGCAACUGUCAUCUGCAUACUCGGAUUUCCAGACUCUGCAGGAGCAGAUGAGAGGUCUCAAGCUGGAGGUGACGGUAUACGUUACCUGUGACGAAUCUUUCACCGAAGAGCACAGGUCGUUGCUCUCCAACGUGACAGCACCGAAGACUUCCUCUACCCUGAAAAGCAAGGCAGUUGAACAUGGUGUAGUGGAAGUUCGCAGCCGUGCAUCAGGCGAGGGACAGGACAUGAAGGACAUGAAAGACGAAGCCAAAGAGCUCACAACAAUAUCUUCCCGCUCAACGGACGAAGAAACUAACGCAUGCUGCUGCCGCGCCACCGUCGAAGAAGCCUCCACCUCCACCCCGAAACCAUGCUGCUGCAGCACGUCUGCCAACGCAGCACCCCGCUCCAGCACCCGCACCAGCACAUCCUCGACUCCGCCAUCCCGGAAGCAAACCCUCCUCGUGCACCCCUCUAUUCAGAUCUUCAGCGGCCGGCCGCAAAUCAAAGACAUCAUCCGCCGCUCGCUCGAGCAAGCCCUCGGCGAGUCUGCAGUCGUGGUGUGCGGGCCGCAGGGCCUGCUCAGCGAUGUCAAGCAGAGCGUGGUCGAGCUGAGUGAUGAGCGGGCUGUGCACAAGGGGACCGGGGCGCAGGGUGUGUACUCGCAUACAGAGGGGUUUGGGUAUUAG